CAAGUUCAUUUCAACGUUGUAUCACAAGGGCUCGAGCAGAGCCACUGGAGGCAGUCGAGCAUCAGACCUCGAGCUCAACAGGAGGAGAGAGGACAACGGCAAAGUCUGUGUGUUUACUUCAGCACAAGGAUUCACCUAAGCGUUUAUGGAUACUUCCACACUGUCAUGUCAUUUUCACGGUAUCGUUCGUCACGAGACACCCGUACGCUUUAAAUCGCUGCUCGCGCGUCCAGCCUCCCCGCGCACAGACAAGGACGGAGAGAAGAGACGUGCACACUGUCCAAACUAAUAACAAACACACACCAGACAUUUAAAAGCGCAUUGGACAGCAUGUCUAAAGAGAGCAGAGGAAAAGGGACCCUACGCAAGCACAGCGCUUCUCACUGGCGCAUGCAGAACAUUGCCCAGGAAUCUGUUGACAGCUCAGAUGAUGAGUUUUUUGAUGCCCGAGAGGUGCUGGAGGGGAAGACAGCAAUGCUUUUAGGGAUGAGUCAAUGGAACUCUAAUGAUCUCGUUGAACAGAUAGAAACCCUGGGCAACAUCGACCAGACUCGGGAGAGCCUGUACCAGCUGAGACGGCAGACACUUGUCCCGCAGACUAGCAUUGAUGGUCUAGAGGAAGCUGAGAAGUGUCCGACCCAUGUUUUGGUGUUGGUCGUUCAUGGGGGGAACAUACUAGACCCAGCGGGUGGCGAUACGGGUGCUAAAGCUGCAGAUGUGAACACCCUGUCAUCAGUGCUGGACAAAGUGUCUCAAGCUCAUUUCCAAACUGCUGCUCAGCACGUGGUUAUCAAGUUGGUGCCGUGCCCUGCUGUCUGUGCGGAGGCCUUCUCCCUUGUUUCUAACUUGAAUCCUUACAGCUAUGAUGAAAGUUGUGUGUCCAGCAGUGUUGAUCAUCUCCCUCUGGCCGCCUUACCUCUACUUGCUAUAGCUGCCCCGCACUACCAAGAUGCAGUGGGUACCGUCAUCGCACGUGCCAACCAGGUCUACCACAGCUUUCUCCAAUGUCCAGAAGGGCAAGGGUUCACAGGCCAGGUGUGUCUGCUGGGUGAUUGUGUAGGAGGUGUGCUGUGUUUUGAUGCUCUCUGCUUCAGUAACAGCCCAAUCCACAACAGCCGAUAUGACAGCACAGAGAAUUUAAAGGACAACCCUGAGGUCAGUCCGAGACUGAACUCCAGCAAGCGACUCAGCAGAAGCAACAUAGACCUUUCCGCCCCAAGCGAAACCCGGAGCAGGAAAACCCCGCUUAACCGCAAACAGAGCGACUCGUUCGAUGGAGACUCCUCCAGCAGUCAGCAUCACCCGUUCCUCAGCAGUCUAAUACAAGAUGGAACAGAUCUGAGACCAGGCAGCGGCACCAAUCUGGUAUUGAAUCCAGGUCGCUUUGACUUUGAGGUAUCAGAUUGUUUUUUUCUGGGCUGUCCUCUUGGACUGGUGUUGGCCAUGAGACGUACCGUGCUGCCUGCUGUCCAGGUGUCUCAGCUCCGGCCUGCGUGUUCUCAAAUCUUCAACCUGUUUUACCCCUCUGACCCUUCGGCAUCUAGACUCGAGCCCCUGCUGCAUUCCCAGUUCCACAAGCUGCCUCCCUUUCCUGUGUCACGAUAUCAGCGCUACCCGCUGGGAGACGGCCGCUCCAACCUAAUCGUUGACGACAUCCACAGCUACCCGGAUGUGUUCCUGCACGGCAACACAGUUCCAUCGAGCGCCCCUCACUCCUCCACUUCCCAGGCUGAACGGAGCACAGUUGGGCGGGUGGGUGGCGAGGUCCGCAGGUCCAGUUUGACCAGCAUGGACAGCCAGUUGUCGGGAUGCUGGGAGAGCAGGCUGAGCAGCACCAUUGGCAACAUCUCCAGCAGCUGGUGGGGCUCUAAGCGGUUGGAUUACGCUCUGUACUGUCCAGAUGUCCUCACUUCAUUUCCCACAGUGGCUUUGCCUCACCUGUUCCACGCAUCAUACUGGGAGUCCACUGAUGUGGUCGCCUUUCUUCUGCGACAGGUGAUGCACUGCGACUCUGUGAAAACCCAAGAGACUGACAAAGCUGACUCCGCCCCCUUCUCACCUUCUAGUCCAAGAGAAAAGUGGCUACGAAGACGAACACAUGUCAAGCUUAGGAAUGUCACUGGCAACCACAGAGUUAAUGAUGUCAUCGCCACCGAGGACGGGCCUCAGACGCUGGUUGGUCGUUUUAUGUAUGGACCGCUGGAUAUGGUGACCCUAACUGGUGAAAAGGUGGAUGUGUACGUGAUGACCCAGCCACAGUCUGGUCGCUGGGUGCAUCUAGACACUGAAGUCACCAACAGCAGUGGCAGGGUGACCUACACCAUCCCCAAAACCAAAAAGCUGGCUGUGGGGGUCUAUCCCAUCAAAAUGGUCGUCAAGGGAGACCAGACGAGCGCCGAAGCCUUCCUGACGGUGCUGCCGCGGGGAAUGGACUGUGUCGUCUUUAGCAUUGAUGGUUCAUUUGCUGCUAGCGUCUCCAUCAUGGGCAGCGACCCAAAAGUACGACCUGGAGCUGUAGAUGUGGUCAGACACUGGCAGGACCUGGGAUACCUGAUUAUUUACAUCACCGGCCGUCCAGACAUGCAGAAGCAGAGGGUGGUCUCGUGGCUUUCUCAACACAACUUCCCACAGGGAAUGAUCUUCUUCUCGGAAGGAUUGGUCCACGACCCACUUCGUCAGAAAACGAUCUUUCUCAGGAACCUGGUACAUGAGUGUCACAUUAAAAUCAACUGCGCCUACGGCUCCAUGAAGGACAUUUCGGUCUACAGCAUGCUGGGACUCAGCCCCAACCAGAUAUAUAUUGUUGGACGGCCCUCAAAGAAAUACCAGAAUCAGUGCCAGUUCCUGAGCGAAGGCUACGCGGUACACCUGUCCUCCCUGCAGUUCAACCACAGAGCCCGACCCAAGAAGACCUCUUCGGUGCGCAUGGUGCUGAGAAAGGGGUCGUUUGGUCUGUCUGCCAAACCGGACUUCCUGUGCAAGCGCACGCACCUGCGUCGCACGAUGUCGGUCCAGCAGCCUGACCCGCCCAUUACAUCCAACCCUAAACCGGAGCGAGCUCAAAGCCAGCCUGAGUCGGACAAGGAUCCCGGGGGUGGAGGAGGAGUGGGUCAUGGGGUGUGGGGACGGGGGUCUAUGCAUCGUGGUGACACCACUCCCUGACCAAAGAGAUGUGAAAAUGGAGGAGAUGAUCUCUCAGUGAACAGCAUCCUUACAUCCUUUCAGGCCUCUGCUGAUUUUGACUGAAACACAAAUAAGAUCAAUCUCGACUGAUAUGAUAAAAAAACUGCUCGGCAAAGGACCCACGGAUCUGGCAUAGAUUUAUCGUUGCCUGAACUCUGACUUCUGAUGCACCAGCUCUCUGUUUCUCUGUAUUUAACAGCUGAAACGAGUUUGCGGGAUUGUUUCUGAAUUUAAUUUUGUGAGCUGUUUUUCAACCAACUGUGAGUCGCUGGAGAUGUAAGCAACAUUUUAUUGUGAGCUUCUAGUUUGGGUAACAAUUAACAUAGUGUGAUGCAUAAUGGUCACAAAAAUGGAAAGUUUACAAGGUGAGAUCUUUGAAGGAUGAGCUUUAUACUAGAUUCGCCAAAGUUUGCAAGAUUAUUACCAUCAUAUUGUAGUUUUGUUUGGUCCGUGUAGUGAGCAGCUAGCAAGCAAAUCAGUCAAAUGAAUUUACUGUCCUUGAGACAGAAAUUUUUAUACACAUCGCAUUAACAGUCUUUUCAAUGUAACUGUUUACCAACAACUCGGUGAUACAAUAUAUUUCCUGUAAACAACUGUGGUUGGUCGCUUAACAUGUCAAUGUGGUGGUAUCUUCCUGAAGUGAGGCCUGAUUAGGUUUCCAAAUAAAGAUAUCUUCUGAGAAAACAUCAAAUUUCAAGCUUAAGCAAUACACACCAUAAAAAAUGAAGUGUGUAACCUGCCGUUCGGACAGGUCGUAUAGUGCUGACACCGGCAAUAAUCUCUCCCAUUUUAAUAUUGCAGCCAUUUAUCUGCUCUAUGGGUGGCUGUCUGCGGGCCGCUCGUGGGCAGACGGACUUGCAAACUGUACAUUAACCUUGUGUGCCAGCGUGGCGACCCCACACGAACUCUGUCGCCACUGCUUAUGUUCAGCCAAAACAGAGCCUGAGAGCGACAACCCGCUCCCACCACUGAUAGUAAAUCUGGAAGAUAUUUACAACCAUCAAUGGUUUUACUCGUGCCUGUCUCUUACUCGUGUUGUAAAUAUACGUAAGUGACACUUGAGAUGAAACAAAUAUGUUUGAUGUAUUUGCAUGUGGCAAUAGCUGGCUGCAAAAACACAUAUCUUAUAACAAGAUGCAUUUACUUGAGAAGAAAAACAUCAGCGCAAGAUGAUCAGACUUUGAAUGUAAAGCAAACACAUGAUUUAAUGCUUUACUUAAAGGGACACUCCACUUUUUUUGAAAAUAUGCUCAUUUUCCAGCUCCCCUAGAGUUAAACAUUUGCUUCUCACCGUUUUGGAAUCCAUUCAGCCGAUCUCCGGGUCUGGUGCUAGCACUUUUAGCAUAGCUUAGCAUAAUCCAUUGAAUCUGAUUAGACCAUUAGCAUCGCUCUCAAAAAUAACCAAAGAGUUUUGAUAUUUUUCCUAUUUAAAACUUGACUCUUCUGUAGUUACAUUGUGUACUAAGACCGACGGAAAAUUAAAAGUUGUGAUUUUCUAGGCAGAUAUGGCUAGGAACUAUACUCUCAUACUGGCGUAAUAAUCAAGGACUUUGCUGCUGUAACAUGGCUGCAGCAGGCGUAGUGAUAUUACGCACUGCCCGAAAAUAGUCCCCUUGGUUACUUUCAAUAGCAGGGCACUAUUUUCAGGCACUGCGUAAUAUCACUACGCCUGCUGCAGCCAUGUUACAUCAGCAAAGUC